UUCAACUUCGUGACUUACCAUUUUAUUUCUCUCGUUUGACUAAACAUGCUUUCUUGAAUAAUGCCUUUCCUCAUUGGACGAUCGCAAUGAGUCACAUUUUUUUUCUUCUUACUAAAUAGAACAGGACUGAGUCUCAUUUUCUUUCAUUUUCAUAUAUGUCUACCUCUAAUCCGAAGACAAAGGGGCUUAGAUUAUUUACAAAUAUGGAGUAUUAUAAUUCUCAUUGAUAAAGACUAAUUACCUAACUAUAAUAUACCCUAUUCUAGUUCCUAUACCUAGACUUAUUUGAACGCGGAAACAGAAUAUAUAGAGACAAACAUAUGCAUAACUUAAAUUAUUUUCAUUGUCAAUAUUUUCUUCUUUAAUUCAUAAUGAAGAUAAUCAUUAUCAUUAUCAUCAUCAUAGCGUUUCUCAUUCCCAAUAGCCAAACUACUAACACAAGUAGCUGCCUGGACAGAUGUGGUGAUGUUGAAAUACCGUUCCCGUUCGGCAGUGGGGAAAACUGUUACUUGGAACCCAAGUAUUUGAUCACAUGUACAAACUCAACAGCAUACCUCACUGAUUCAACUAUCAUUGUAGAAAACAUAUCCCUUAAAGAUGGUGAGAUGAGUGUUAUGCAGUUCGUGACCAAAGAUUGUUACAGCAAAAAAGGCACACCCCAGGCCAUCAACCCUUAUAACUCCAUCUGGUUGUCAGAUUUCACCAUUUCGGCUACCAAAAACAAGUUUGUAGCAUUAGGCUGCGACACUUACGGCACCAUCGUCGCCUACCGGGGUAACAGGAAGUACACAACCGGCUGCAUAUCGUCGUGUGACAAAAUCGACGAGGACCAGUUGCGUAAGUCUUGCUCGGGUGUGGUUGGUUGUUGUGAAACUCCAAUCACUAGUGGACUCAAAAAUUUCACUGUUUGGUUGUCUAGUUUCUACAAUCAUACUUAUGUUUGGGACUUCAAUCCGUGUAGUUAUGCCUUUGUGGUUGAUGAAUCCAAGUUCAAAUUUUCUAGUUUUGAAGCUUUGAGGAACACUGAAAAGCAGCCUUUGGUGCUUGACUGGUCCAUUGGGUUAGUUUCUUGUGAUGAGGCUGUGAAGCUUACUAAUUACAGUUGCAAAGCGAAUAGCAAGUGUGUCAACUCUAAUAAUGGGAUUGGCUAUCUUUGCCAGUGUUUGAAUGGUUACCAUGGAAAUCCUUACCACCCACAAGGUUGCCAAGAUAUUGAUGAGUGCAAGAGUAUUACUAGUCUUUGCAACAAUGGAGAAUGUCGAAAUUUACCCGGGACUUGGAAAUGUGAAUGUCCAAAAGGGUUUCUGCUUAAUGCUACUGGGACGGGUUGCGACAAAGAUUUCAAACAAUCUCACAACAAGAGGGCUCUCAUUCUAUACGCUGCACUUGGUACAACAAUUGGCCUCUUAGCUUUAUUGACAACAAGUUUUCUAGUAUGGUGGAAAGUAAAGAAGAGAGAAUUGACAAAUCUCAGAGAGAAGUUUUUUAAACAAAAUGGUGGGUUAAUACUGCAACAACAAUUGUCUACUCAACUAAGUAGAGAAGAAUCUCAGUCAACAAAAAUAUUCUCCGAGGAAGAACUUCAAAGGGCCACAAAUAAUUUUCACGAGGAUAGAAUUGUUGGAAAAGGAGGAUAUGGAAUAGUUUACAAAGGGAUAAUGCCAAAUAACAAAGUUGUUGCCAUUAAGAGGUCCAAGCUCGGUGUCCAAACUGAAACUGAACAAUUUAUUAAUGAGGUAACAGUACUUUUACAAAUAAGCCAUAGAAAUGUGGUUAGGCUAUUAGGUUGUUGUUUGGAGACAGAAACACCUUUGCUUGUUUAUGAUUUUGUAAGUAAUGGGACUUUGUCCCAACAUAUUCAUGAGAAAUCUCGAGAUGCUCAAGUGCUUUCAUGGGACUUGCGGGUUAAGAUUGCCGAAGAAAUAGCUAGAGUACUUGCAUACUUACACUCAGAAUGUUCCACACCAAUUAUACAUAGAGAUGUCAAGACCACAAAUAUAUUAUUAGAUGAAAACUACAUAGCAAAAGUGUCUGAUUUUGGAGCUUCGAGACUAAUUCCUUUAAACAAAAGUGAACUUACAACAUUGGUGCAAGGUACACUCGGGUACUUAGAUCCAGAAUACUUUCAAUCAGGUCAAUUGACUGAUAAAAGUGAUGUUUAUAGUUUUGGAGUUGUUUUACUUGAGCUAUUGACAAGCAAAAAGGCAGUUUCAUUUGAAAGAUUAGAGAAUGAAAGAAACCUAGCAAUGCUCUUUCUUAAGUCAAUGCAAGAGGAUUCAUUAAUUGAGAUUCUUGACAAAAGUAUUGUGCAAGAAGGCAGAAUUGAGGCAAUCAAGAAAGUUGCAAAACUUGCAUCAAUGUGUUUAAGUGUAAAAGGGCAAGAGAGGCCUACCAUGAAAGAAGUAGCUACGGAGUUAGAGGGAUUAAGAAUCAUGGAAAAGCACCCAUGGAGAGAAGAAAAUAAUUUGAGCCCAGAAGAAAGUGAGUACUUGCUUGGAGACACCGCAAUGGUAAAUGCUUUCCAAAUUGAUAUUGAUAGCAAAAUGUACUCUACUAGUACAGGAUGUAACAACUCCAAAAAUUGUAUUUUGAUUUCAUACAACCAUGGACGUUAAAUUAAUUGACAUGGUUAUAUAGUUAGCUAGCUUGUAUUUUUUUUUUAUUGUUUUUAGUUUCAAUUUUUUAUCAUUUAUCAUCUAUGUCGAAGAUUUACAUAUGUAUAAGUACAUAUACAUGAUAUAUCGCAUGUUACAUGUAUCAUUCAAUCAUUAUUAUAAUAACAAUGAGGGUAAUUUUUAAUCAAACUCCCUGAAUUAUGGAAAUUAGCAUGAUCAAUCCCCAAGACAUAAAUUUUGGGUGCGCAGAAGUCCCCGUACUACAAAAUGUUUUGUUGUCCACUCUUUCAUUAGUUUUUUAUUGUUAAAUGUCAAAUAAACCUACCAUUGUGCACACAAGUGUACACGUGGAAUAAUUUUAUUAGUCCACAUCAUUUUAUUUUUUUUGAAUAUUAUAAAAAAUAAUCAAAAAAUAAAAAAAUUCCUUUUUUAUUUCUUUCUUCUUCUUCUUCUUCUUCUUCUU